AUGUCAACAGCCCUGACUCUCGCCUCCGGUGGUGCCAACCCAUGUCCCCUUUAUGUCGGAUCGGAAUUAUCAAGGAGGAACAAGGGCCUUCCCCUAAGAUUCUCAAACUGGGGUUCUGGAGCUAGGUUAGUUCCCAAAUCAGAGAACCUCAACAUCAAGAUGGACCUCCCACCUACGAUCUGCGGUCAGUCAUCCUAUUGGUGGCUCACUGAGACUGAGAUUAAAGGAUGGCUGUUCAUAGCAGCUGGUCCUAAGCCAAAAACUGGAAAAGAUUCGUCCAAGAGUUUCUUCCAGAUCAAGAAACCUGGAGGUCUACUUCGCGGUUACAAGUUUGUGUAUUGUGGUGGCGAUAAGAGCUGCUACGAAUUCGGAAUGGUUGUGGACAGAUAUGGCUAUAGCCGUUUGGCUCCAUCCAAUAUGCCAUUCCGCUUUGUGUUCGUGAAAGCUGACUAG